AUGUCGCUGCCGCGUCGCCCGCUGGGUCGCACGGGCCUGGACCUCUCGAUCGUGAGCUUCGGCGCGUCGCCGUUGGGGAGCGUGUUCGAGGAGAUCGACGAGGAGGAGGGCGUGCGGGCCGUGCACGAGGCCGUGAAACUCGGAAUCAACCUUUUUGACGUUCUACGGGUUCCACCCGGGCAGGACGAGUUUGGUUCCAGUGCUUGCUCCCCUCCCUUCCCUCCGCCUUCUGCUCCCUGCCUGCAGGUUCUAUGGGUCUACCUGAGCAGAGACAGGGCUAGGACGGGCUAUCGCCACGCUGCCGUGCGCGCGGGGAGACGCGGUGCUUGCUUGCCACCAAGGUUCUACGGAUCCACACGAGCCGAGACCAUACUAGGGCGUGCCAUUGCCACCCUGCCCUGCCCGCGGGAGCACGUGGUGGUUGCUACCAAGGUGGGGCGGUUUUAUGGCUCGACAAGAGCUGAAACGGUGCUAGGUAGGGCGAUUGCCACGCUGCCAUGCCCGCGGGAGGAGGUGGUAGUUGCUACCAAGGUGGGGCGGUACGGGCAGGACGAGUUCGACUUCAGUGCAGAUCGGAUGAGAAGGAGUGUGGAGGAGAGCUGUGAGCGCCUGCAGACAACUUACCUGGAUAUUGUUCAGUGCCAUGACAUUGAGUUUGGAUCCCUGGAUCAGAUCGUGAAUGAGACAAUCCCGGCCCUCCAGGAGCUGAAAGCGGCCGGCAAGAUCCGAUUCAUCGGCAUCACCGGCCUCCCUCUCUCCGUCUACCAAUCCGUUCUCCCCCGCCUGCCUCCCGCCUCGCUCGAUCUCAUACUCUCCUACUGCCACUACUCACUCAACGACACGACUCUCCAGCCACUGCUGCCGUGGCUGCAGCAGCAGGGCGUGGGGGUGGUGAGCGCAUCUCCGUUAUCAAUGGGCUUGCUCACCCCCCAGGGCCCCCCUUCCUGGCACCCCGCACCGCAGCCACUCAAGGAUGCAUGCAAGGCGGCAGCAUUGGCCUGUCAGCAGCGGGGAGCAUCACUGCCCCGGCUGGCCCUGCAGUUCGCAACGCUCAACCCUGCCAUCACCACGACGCUUGUGGGCAUGAGUACAGUGCAGCAGGUGCGGGAGAAUGUGGCAGCAGUGAUUGAAGCAGCCGAGCGAGGGAUUGAUGAGGCGAUGCUGAAAGAAGUGGAGGCUAUUCUGGCGCCUCAUAAGGACACCACAUGGGCCAUUAUCUCGCCUCCACCACCCCCACCCCUUCUCCCCCCCCUCCCCCCCAAACCUCUUCCUCCCCUUCCAUCUCCGCCUUCCCCCCGGCCGCCUUCCCCACGCCCAGUCUCUCUCGUGCUGCACUGGACCCUCAACGCCUCGCGCCUGCAGAUCGCACUAGAAGCCAAACCCGCCAGUGGGGCCGAGUCCGGCUGGUUCUCCGUCGGCUGGACGGCAAACCGCGGCCGUAUGUACCCCGCGGAUUGCGUGGUCGGGAAUCUUCCGGGAAGCAGCGUCGGCGCGUAUCACAUCAGCGGAUACAGCCUGUCUGACGUGGCGCCUUCUGAUGGGUUCUCGAUUGGGACGCCUGAGUUCACACCUGGAAGUAACGGCGGCAUGAUACUGAAGUUCUCUCGAUCAGAAGGGGACGGAGGGGCAGUACCAGUGAGUUUCAAUGGCAGCAACAGCCUCAUCUGGGCUUUCUCCUCCCCUUGUCAACUUACCCUCUCCUUUCUGCAGACUGCACCUGUCCGUGAGCGCCUAGGUUCAAUGAAUGUGGACUUCACGUGUCAGACCGCACCUGCUGCUGGCGCCUCAAGCUCAGAUGAUAAUGAUGAUGAUAAUGAUGAUGAUAAUGAUGGCGACAAUGAUAAUGAUUGGAGUAAUGAUGACGACGACGAUGAUGAUGAUGAGGGUGAGGAGGAGGAAAAGGGGAGCCAAUCAUCAGGGUCCACGUCAGCAGAAGCUGCUGCGUCUGGGAGUGGCAGCCAGGCAUGCCAGCCGUCCACUCUGCCGGGAUAUGCCUGCUCUGUGCAGCUCAAAGGAAAAGAUUUCAUCCUUCACUGGAAGACCGGGGCAACCACUGUAGCAAUGGCUGCUGACGUGGCGACGUCUGGUUGGGUGGCGAUCGGAUGGUCCAAGAGCAGCAAGAUGUACCUCGCUGACGCAGCCAUUGGGAAUCUGCCACCUGGCAGUCUCGCCAACGGGGCGGCGGUGGGAGCCUAUCACAUGAGCGGCUACGGCCUGACUGACGUGGCGCUGACGUCAUCGUCCGAGCUUACCAACACGACGACCACCACAGCAAAUGGCCGAACAACAAUUACGUGA